AUGUCGCAGACCUUGACGCAUACAGACUCGAUUGAGCAGGAGGAGCAGGACAGGAAGAAGUCACAGAAGAAGCAGAAGUCCAGGAGACCCGCAAAUACCGCGUUCCGCCAGCAACGUCUGAAAGCAUGGCAGCCUAUCCUUACUCCCAAAACCGUCCUUCCAAUCUUCUUUGCGGUUGGAAUUAUAUUCGCGCCCAUCGGUGGCCUGUUGCUGUGGGCCAGUGCUGGUGUCCAGGAACUCAUAAUCGACUAUACAGACUGCUCGACAGCCGAGUCCGAGUUUUCCCAGAUACCCGAUGACAAAGUGUCAGCCUCGUUCAGCUCUUCGAAUAGCACAGCCCGACCUCAAUGGAAACGCGUAGAAGAGUCGCGCCGACCACCUUACAGCGCUGUCAAUGUCUCAGACACUUCGGUUUGCACACUCCAAUUCUCGAUUCCGAACGACAUCAAUCCGCCGGUCUAUAUGUACUACCGCCUCACCAACUUCUACCAGAAUCACCGUAGAUACGUGAGCUCCCUCGAUACAUCGCAGCUUCGUGGUAGUGCCUUGGACAAUGAUACUAUCGAUGGGAGUGCAUGUAACCCUCUAAAGCUUGCACACAACGGCAAAGCGAUAUAUCCUUGUGGCUUGAUUGCGAAUUCUAUCUUUAAUGAUACGCUCUGGAGCCCUAUUCUUACCACGGAGUCUGGCGGCGACGGCCCGAGCGAAUAUCGCAUGACGAACGAAAGUAUCGCCUGGGGAAGCGAUUCGCAGCUCUACAAGAGAACUGACUACCAGCCUGAAAAUAUUUGGCCUCCACCAAACUGGGAACGUCGCUACCCGGACGGCUAUACCAGAGAUGGCCCCGGACAGAUUCCGGACCUCUCAACCUACGAAGAGUUCCACGUCUGGAUGCGGACGGCUGGCCUGCCCACUUUUAGCAAGCUCGCCCUUCGCAACGAUAAUGAUGUUCUGCGGGCCGGAAUUUACCAGAUGGAAAUCUAUGAUUACUUUCCAACCUCGGAAUAUGGUGGAACGAAGUCCAUUCUCCUCAGCACCCGAACGGUUCUCGGAGGCAAGAACUCUUUCUUGGGCAUUGCCUAUGUCGUCGUUGCGGGUAUCUGCGUCGUCGUUGGCGUGGUCUUCACACUGGCCCAUCUGAUCAAGCCAAGGCGCUUGGGUGAUCACACAUAUCUCUCUUGGAACAAUGCCGACCUUCCUCCCUCGACCGCCACUACCACAGGCCGAGACACCAGGCCUGGCACACAGGGCGCCUGA